GGAUAGUGACAGAGAGAGGCAGAUGGAAGCGACGCAAACGCCCACCAGCCUGAUUUCUCUUCCACCUCCUCUCGCAAACACGGCUUUGUGUGUAAUGAUUAACCGAUCGGAGAAAGGCGAGAAGAUACCACCUCAGCCCUCAUAGGAAGUGACACAUGCACAGCAACAUUAUAUAAACACACAGUGUCUUCGAUCAGAGAACAGUGAACAUGACCGGACCAAAAGGAGGAUACUACAAAGCAGAAUUGGGGGAGCCACACAAAUUUGACCCCACAUUCAGAGGACCUGUUCACAACAGGGGCUGCACAGACGUGCUUUGCUGUGUGAUCUUUGUCAUCGUCAUCCUCGGUUACAUCGUUCUGGGAACAGUGGCUUGGUUGCAUGGGGAUCCCCGGAAAGUGGUCUACCCGACAGACAGCUAUGGGCAGUUCUGUGGACAGCAGGGUACUCCUAAUGCAAAUAAAGCCAUAUUAUUUUACUUCAAUAUUUUACAAUGUGCCAAUCCUACAGUCCUCAUUAACCUCCAGUGCCCUACAACUCAGCUGUGUGUAUCCAAGUGCCCAGACAGAUUUGCCACAUACAUCGACAUGCAAUACAACUAUAGACGCAAUAAGAGCUACUGGGAUUACUACAAGCUAUUCUGCAAGCCGGGCUUCAACAAUCCUGAUAAGGCCGAUACUUCACACAUGUACACUCCAGCAGUUCUCCAGAGGUGCUUUCCCGAUUUCAUCACCAGAAACGGGACAUUAACUGUUGCCAACAAAACAAGCUUCAAGGAUGGACACGGUAAAAUCAGAAGUGUCGUCGAUCUGAGAGAUGCAGCAAAUGGCAUCACCAGCCUGUUGGAUGCAAAGGAGGUGGGCGUCAAAAUCUUUGAGGAUUACGCCAGCUCGUGGUUUUGGAUCCUAAUUGGUCUGGUGAUAAGUAUGCUGGUCAGUCUGAUCUUCAUUCUGCUGCUGAGGUUCACCGCUGGCGUUCUCUUCUGGAUGGUGAUCUUUGGGGUCAUCGCGGCUGUGGGCUAUGGAAUAUGGCAUUGUUACUGGGAGUACAGUUCACUCAAGGGGAAGCCGGACUCUGACAUUACCAUCUCAGACAUCGGAUUCCAGACUGACUUCCGGGUUUACUUGCAGCUGAGUCAGACCUGGCUCAUAUUCAUGAUCUCCUUGGCUGUCAUUGAAGCUAUCAUCAUCUUAGUACUGAUAUUCCUGCGGAACAGAGUUCGUAUUGCCAUUGCUCUUCUAAAGGAGGGCAGCAAGGCGAUUGGCUGCAUCAUGUCAACACUGUUCUAUCCCAUCAUCACCUUCCUGCUUCUGGCUCUUUGUAUUGCAUACUGGGCUGUUACAGCUGUUUUCCUGGCAUCAUCUGGUGACGCAGUAUAUAAAGUAAUGUCAACGCUACCCGACUGCAAGUAUACCAACCUCACCUGUGACCCAGAGACCUUCAGUCAAUCCAACGUGACUAAACUGUGUCCAGGCUCCCAGUGCACAUUUGCUUUUUACGGUGGGGAGAGUUUGUACCACCGUUACAUCUUUGUUCUUCAGCUCUGCAAUUUGCUGGUCUUCCUCUGGCUGGUGAAUUUCACCAUCGCUCUGGGUCAGUGCACCCUCGCCGGGGCGUUCGCCUCGUAUUACUGGGCCUUGAGGAAGCCAGCAGACAUCCCACCUUGCCCCUUGGCUUCAUCAUUUGGCAGGGCUUUAAGGUAUCACACAGGCUCUCUUGCGUUUGGAGCUUUGAUUCUGUCCAUUGUACAGUUCAUCCGGAUUAUUCUGGAGUACCUCGACCACAAACUGAAAGGUGCUCACAAUGCAUUUACACGCUUCCUGCUGUGCUGCCUAAAAUGCUGUUUCUGGUGCCUAGAGCACUUCAUCAAGUUCAUGAACAGGAAUGCUUACAUUAUGAUUUCAAUAUAUGGGAAGAAUUUCUGUGCCUCAGCGCGAGACGCUUUCUUUCUGUUAAUGAGGAACGUUAUGAGAGUUGCUGUUCUGGACAAGGUGACUGACUUCCUGCUGUUCUUGGGCAAACUGCUGAUCUCAGGGAGUGUGGGUGAGUCAACCUUUUCAUUUUGGUGUAACAGAAUAUGUGUAAUCCAGGAAGAGGUGCCAUCAUUAAAUUAUUAUUGGGUCCCUCUGCUGACUGUGAUAUUUGGAUCAUAUAUGAUUGCACACGGGUUCUUUAACGUCUAUGCCAUGUGUGUAGAUACAUUGUUCCUCUGCUUCUUGCUUGAUCUGGAGAAGAACGACGGCUCGGCGACCCGGCCGUAUUACAUGGGCAGCAGCCUGCGUGCCAUCCUCAACAAGAAGAACAAGAGACCAGAGGAGAAAAAGAAACGUAGAAAACAUAAGAAGGAGCAACCAAACAAAAGGCACUGACAUGUAAAACACAGAUUCUGGUUAUUAUGGUAAAUGGACUGAUUUAAACAAUAUUCAGUCAUGUAUGUAGAUAGUUUUGUAUUAUAAAUCUCAUUAGAAGCCCAAAAAUUUAAAUACAAGAAUCUUUGUACUGAUCUGCAUCUUUCUGGUUAUUAUGCAAGUAAAUAUAAUUGACAGUAAGCAACUAAAUGAAUUGAGAUGAUUUCCUGUUUAUGGAUGUAUGGAAAUGUCUUUGUGUGGAUUUUUGUAGAUUUUUGUCAUUUUUUUAACCAAUUCUUGUCUUUUAUAUGACCAUUGCAUUUUGUUAGCACCCAUUUGGGGUGAAACUGACACUUCUCUCAUAUUGAGAAAAUAACCGGUAACAUUUAUUCGCUGUUCACUAAAUGAAUUUUUCUCAACUUUUGUAAGUUGCUGUUUGUAAUUUCAGUUCAGCUGAAGUGCCUUAUUCGAACACGCAGUUAACAGCUCUUUUAACCUCAACCACAUGUUGAUAUGAGCCAUUUUCUGCUGUGCAGAGCUUCUAACUCUAUUUAUUCUUUCAUUACUGCUCUUAUUCAUCCAUCCAACUGCAUUUCUCAUCAGGCCCAAUGCUCUCUAGCAGUAGGAGGUUACACUCCUUCAGUGUGAUUUUAUUGUGUCCGUUCACACUUCAUUUUAGCCAAGGAAGGACUUGAAUUUAUCUUAACACCUUCAUAUGAAUAUGUGUACAGAGUAGUGGUAGUUAUUUUAUGUGAACUAAUUUCUGCUCAUAUUU